CUUUUACCAUUUACAGACCGCAGAAAUCGUUAUUUGUUCAGAGACCGCCAAGAUGUUGACACAGGUCGUAACACUUCUAACGCUAUCAACAUUGGCAACAGGAGAGCUUGACCAAUGCAAUAUUGACGCACAAACAUGCGAAAAUGUCCCCCAUAACGCUUAUACCAAAAUUCUAAACGAAAACGCCACAGAUGUCGAAAAACCAGAUAUUCUAGUCUUCACCGUCGCCAGCCACCCCACCGACGGUCUCAGCCGCUACCUCCACUCGGCCCAAACCUACCACAUCUCCCCCACCCUCCUCGGCUUCGGCCAAGAGUGGAAAGGCGGCCAUGACAUUAGGAACCACCCCGGCGGCGGCUGGAAAGUCAACCUUCUCAAAGAAGCUCUCGAGCCUCACCGCCAUGACAAAACCAAAAUCGUCCUUUUCACGGACGCCUACGACGUCAUCUUCUUAGACAAACUCGACGCCAUCCUGAACAAAUUCAAAUCCUUCGACGCUCGCGUGCUCUUCGGUUCCGAAAGCGCGUGUUGGCCUGAUGUGGAGCUCGCCCGCCAAUAUCCGGAAGUCACCGAAGGCAAUAGGUUCCUCAACUCGGGCUUGUACGUCGGUUACGCGCCCGAUCUCUGGGAAGUUCUGUCCUACGACGUCAUUCAAGACGAAGACGACGACCAACUCUUCUUCACUAAAGCGUACCUGGACGAGGCGCUGCGGAAGAAAGUCGGGUUCAAGUUAGACCACAAGAGCGCGCUGUUCCAGAACUUAAAUGGGGCAAUCAAUGAGGUGGAGGUGUUUGAGGUGAAGGGGAAGGAGGGGCCCGAGGAGUACAAGAUUAGGAAUGUGAUGUACCACACGGAGCCGUUGAUUUUGCAUGGGAAUGGGCCGUCGAAGGUUGCGUUGACCCAAAUGGGCAAUUAUUUGGCGAAUUCGUGGAACUCGGUGGAGGGGUGCGUUAGUUGUAAGGAGGGACAUAUAGAUUUGGAGAAGAAGAGGGCCGGGGAGAUGCCGAGGGUGUUCCUUGCCGUUUUUAUCGAGCAGAAUACUCCAUUCUUGGAAGAGCAGUUGCAGAAGAUUCACGCCCAGGAGUACCCGAAGAAACGCAUCGAUCUUUUCGUUCACAAUACGAUGAAGUACCACUCGACUUUGGUGAAGGAGUUUCUUGAGAAGCACGGUUCGGAGUAUCACUCCGUCAAGGAUAUUACGCCCGAGGACGGUACCACCGAGUGGGCUGCUAGGGACUUGUCUCUGGACCAGUGCUUGUCCAAGAACUGCGAUUUUUACUUUUCCGUGGACUCCGUCGCCCAUUUGGACAACCCUCACACAAUGCGUCUACUGAUCGAACAAAAUAGGACCGUCGUGGCCCCCCUGUUGGUUCGUCCGGGCAAAGCCUGGAGCAACUUCUGGGGCGCCUUGACCAAGGAUGGGUUCUACGCCCGCUCCAACGACUACAUGGACAUAGUACACAACGAGAAGAGAGGGUUAUGGAAUGUACCGUUCAUUGGGAAUAGUUACGUCAUUAACGCGACGCUUCUCAAGAAAUACGACAGGUCAAAGUUGAACUAUGCCAAGGACAACCUGGACGCGGACAUGGCGUUCUGCGCCAACUUGAGGGACCUGGAUGUGUUCUUGUACGUGUCGAACCGGGUCGAUUUCGGCCACUUGGUUAAUCCAGAGACGUACGACGUGACGAGGACUGAGCCGGAGAUGUACCAGAUUUUCGACAACGAAAGAGAUUGGGAGGACAGGUUCAUACACGAGGAGUACCCUGAGAGCUUUAACCCAGACAAGAAGAACGCGCAGCCAUGUCCCGACGUGUACUGGUUCCCGAUCGUCAGCCCCCGCUUCUGCACCAGCCUGAUCAACAUGAUGGAGGCUUUCGGGAAGUGGUCGGACGGCAGCAACCAAGACACGCGCCUCGAAGGCGGCUACGAGGCCGUCCCCACGCGCGACAUCCACAUGAACCAAGUGGGCUGGGAGAGCCACUGGUUGGAAUUCCUCAGGAAGUACGUCCGGCCUUUACAGGAGCACGUUUUCCUGGGGUACUUCCACGACCCACCGAGAUCCUUGAUGAACUUCGUCGUGAGGUACAAGCCAGGAGAGCAGCCGUCGCUGAGACCCCACCAUGACAGCUCCACUUAUACUAUCAACAUAGCGCUGAAUCGGAGAGGAGAGGAUUAUGAAGGCGGCGGCUGCAGGUUCAUUAGGUACAACUGCAGCGUCGUGGACACCAAACCAGGGUGGUUGUUGAUGCACCCAGGCAGGUUGACGCACUACCACGAAGGGUUGGUGGUCACCAAGGGCAUUAGAUAUAUCAUGAUUGCGUUCGUCGACCCGUAGAAAGCUUCUAGAUGAGAUUGUGCACUACUUGCUAUUUUUUUUAUAGAUCUGAUAAUAGAUUUGCGUUUAAUUUACUGCCGUUGUACAUAACUUUUGUAAUGGAUGUUUAUUAAUUUAAUAAAAACGUGUAUUUUCGCAAAA